CCUUGAAAUGUUUCGUGCUCAGAUACCAAUUGAAUGAGGUGACGCGUCCCGUGUGCACUUCAAUCCCAACUUUGGACUUUUAGAACGAGAUUGGCUUCACCAAUAGUUUUAACGUCAAAUCAUUCUCAUAGCACGCGGCUCCUAAUCUUGGGCUCAAAAUGGCUGGCGAAGAUGAGAUUUUACCUAUACCUAACUUGAAAGUCGCACAAUACACCUUUACACUCUCGAAUCCUAAACUCGUACAUUUGCAUGACGAGGCAGCCACCAAUCUUCUUGUGGCGAUAGAAGCUGAUGACAUGGCGCCUUAUUUAAAGCUCCUGCUGUCGCAGUCACCAUCUAUCAUCCCCCAACGCCUCACUUCUAACGCUAGGGAUCUAGUAGAGAAGCUUUCGGGGAGAAACAAGGCCGAACUUGAGGCACUAGAACAGAAGCUGAAAGAUGCAGAGGAGACUGAGGGCGAGACAGAAAUCAGUGAUGCUUUAAGGGCGAAAGCCUCAUAUUUGACUAAGAUUGGAGAGAAGGAUGCCGCUGCUGCUGCACAAACACUCGCGUCUUCAAAGACCCCCGGUGUUGGUGCUCGGAUCGAUAUCACCCUCACGCUAGUUAGAAUCGGGUUCUUCUUCAACGACUACAAACUGAUUGAGCCAAACAUUGCUGCCGCAGAAAAACUUAUCGAGAAAGGCGGCGACUGGGAUCGAUUGAACAGACUGAAAGUCUACCGAGCCCUGAAGUUCAUCUCUCUCCGUGACUUCAAGAAGGCUGGAGAGCUGUUGGUUGACUCGCUGUCUACGUUCACUGCAACUGAGUUAAUUGAUUACAAUGACUUCGUUGGGCUUGCAAUUAUUGUUAAUACUCUCGUGCAGAAACGAGUUGACCUUAAAAAGAAGAUAAUUUCCUCUCCGGAAGUGACCCAAGUUGUACUUGAUGUCCCACUGCUGGGGGAUUUCUUGAUGUCAUUAUAUAAUUGCCACUACGCUAAAUUCUUUGCUGCCCUCGCAUCAGUCGAGCAAGAGCUGCUCCUUACUUCCCGCCUCCUGUCACCGCAUGCCCGCUACUAUGUCCGAGAAGUUCGGAUUCUUGCAUACUCGCAGAUACUCGAGUCGUAUCGCAGCCUCACCUUGCAAAGCUUAAGUCUGUCAUUCGGAGUCAGCAUAGACUUUAUUGAUCGAGAUCUAUCUCAUUUCAUAUCAUCCGGUCGCCUAAAUUGUACUAUAGACCGAGUCCAUGGUAUCGUCGAGACCAAUCGCCCGAGCGCAAAGAAUGCUCAGUACGAUACCUUGGUAAGGCAGGGCGACGUCCUACUGAAUAGUAUCCAGCGGUUGAGUCGUGUACUGUACUGAUUGAUAUAAUACAUAUAUGGUGAAUUCUGG